UUUCACAACCACCUGAAAAUUUUACCAGAAGAAGAAAAGGAAGAAGCGGCUACUGAGCUAGCCUAGCUGCUGGUUUCAUUUAGCGAACUAUGGCUGCUGUGCUUCCCGUGAGACCGCCCUGCGACAGUAACCCCGCUACUCCUGGAGCACAAUCCAUAAAGGAGGAUGUUAUAGAAGAAGAGUCGAAUGAUGGCAGCCAGCCCCCCAAGAGAAGAAGAAUGGGUUCAGGGGACAGCUCUCGAAGCUGCGACACCUCCAGUCAAGACCUUGGCCUGACAUAUUUUCCAGCAGAGAACCUAACAGAGUAUAAGUGGCCUCCCGAUGACACAGGGGAGUACUACAUGCUGCAGGAACAGGUCAGCGAGUAUUUAGGAGUCACAUCCUUCAAGAGGAAGUACCCUGAUAUGGAGAGAAGAGACUUGUCCCACAAAGAGAAGCUUUACCUGCGUGAGCAGAAUGUCAUUACUGAAACACAGUGUACUCUGGGUCUGACAGCUCUGCGGAGUGACGAGGUAAUUGAUCUGAUGAUAAAAGAGUAUCCCACCAAACACUCUGAGUAUUCAGUUAUACUGCAGGAGAGAGAGCGACAGAGAAUAGCUAAAGAGUACUCGCAAAUGCAACAGCAGAACCCUCAGAAAGUGGAGGCAAGCAAGGUUCCUGAAUACAUUAAGAAAGCAGCUAAAAAAGCUGCUGAGUUCAAUAGUAACUUCAACAGGGAGCGUAUGGAGGAGAGGAGAGCUUACUUUGACCUGCAGACACAUAUUAUCCAGGUGCCCCAGGGCAGGUUCAAGGUGCUGGCUCCAGAGCUGACAAGGACGGGGCCCUACCCUGUGGCUCUCAUACCAGGACAGUUCCAGGAAUACUACAAAAGAUACUCUCCCAACGAGCUGCGGUACUUACCACUGAACACAGCUCUGUUUGAGCCUCCACUGGAUCCAGAGCUCCCUGCGCUGGACUCAGAACCUGACUCAGAUGACGCUGAGGAUGGCAAGGAUGACAAAAAGAACAAGAACUCGUCUGACAGUUCUUCAGGCAACCCAUCAGAUGUGGAGAGCCAGGAGGGAGGAGGUGGACAUGGCCACAAGUCCAAGGGCAAAGACAAAACAUCCACGCCAGGCAAAGACAGCAGCCAUCGCCAUUCUGCCUCCCACAAAGCCACCCCAGGGUACAAGCCUAAGGUCAUUCCCAAUGCUAUAUGUGGCAUUUGCCAGAAGGGUAAAGAGGCCAACAAGAAGGGCAGGCCAGAGGCUCUCAUUCACUGCUCCCAAUGUGAUAACAGCGGCCACCCAUCCUGCUUGGACAUGAGUGAGGAGCUUGUGUGUGUAAUCCAGACGUACCACUGGCAGUGUAUGGAGUGUAAGACCUGCACCGUGUGCCAGCAGCCCCACCAUGAGGACGAGAUGAUGUUCUGUGAUAAAUGUGACCGAGGGUACCACACGUUCUGCGUGGGCAUGGACUCCAUACCUACUGGCCUUUGGAUAUGUGAGGUUUGCGACAAAGAUUUCACCACGCCCAAGAAGAAGGGUGGAGCCAAAACACCUAAGAAGUCCAAGUCAGCUAAAAAAUAACCAUUAUCCACAGAAGCUUGGCCAAAUUGUACAGACGUGCACAAAUGUAAUUUGUUCAAUCAUUUGCAGAAGCUGUAAAACUGUUUAAGUUUUAGAUUUUUGUGAUCCAAAAAUAGACAAAAGUGUUGCCCUUCUACCAAAUAUCAAUAAGCCAAACUAUCUUAGCCUGCUAUUACUUCUUAUUGAUUGACAGGCCUUUAGAUACACACAGACUAACACUAGGAAACAAGCUGAUUGAUCUUUGAUCAGUAAGGCAGGCUUUUAAUUUGACUCGCAAUAAGAAGACAAAAUCUGUGUGGUUAUACCUCAAAUAUACUUUGUCAAAAAAAAACCUACAUCAGGCAGAAACUUCACCAUAGCAUCUCAAACCUGUGAUCUGCAAACCACUAACAGUAUCAGUGUUUUGCCUGUUCAUUAAACUGGUGAAUGUUGUAGUUUCUGCCUUAUAACAUAUCUGCAGUGAUUAGCUGUUUCCUGGGAAACUGUUUCAGUUGAACAAAUGGUGCUUUUGAUCCUGUACUUCUGGAACAAUCAAUUUUGACAAGAGUUCACUGAUGUGAUUCAGUUUCAAUUUUUUUUGUAUGUUUUUGUAUUGUGGAACCUACAGUCGGUAUUUUUAGCUAACAUUUAUUUAACAAGGCAGCACAGUAAAGAGCAAUCUUAUCCAAACAAAGUUUUGUCUUAAAUAAUGGUGCUUGUGAUCCUGUGUAUUGAAAUGUUACAGACACUGGCUGUGGUAGAUGUCAUGGCUGCAGCAGUCUACUGGUAUUUAUGUAUAAGUCUUUAUUACUGAAACAAAGUAUCUGUCUUAACAUGUAUUGAUUUUGUUGUCCACCCUCAAUAUUAAUUAUUAUACCACUCACUGUAAUUACAUUGAAAUGAAACCUCCAUCAGCAAUGAUGACUCUUGAUAUUUUUGUAGUCUGCUUGAAAGAUGUUUUUGAUAUUUGUUUUCUUUAUUUUUUUUUUUUGUAUUUUGUGUUGUACUUCAGUAAGCAAGUUGUCUAAAGAAUAUUUGUUGCUAAUAAUGUCACAGUCACUGAAUAAGGAUUUUUUUUUCAAUAAAAGCUUCUCUAGAAAGAGUCA